CUCUCUCUCUCUCUCUCACACACACUCUCUCUCACACAGUGUAUGUAUCUGUGUCUCUCUCUCUUCCAGUCUCUCUCACAUGGUGUAUGUAUCUGUGUCUCUCUCUCACACAGAGUGUAUGUGUGUGUGAAGGGAUCCCAAUGUUACAUGAUUUUCAUAAUACCAGACCUGCUAUCUAUACCUUGAGCUCAAAGCCACAAUCCCCAUACAUAACCAUUAAUAGCCCAUUGUGAAAUUUGGGUCCCCAGUUGUACUCAUUGCAGUUUAAAGGAUAAAACACACAGACUGUGAGAAGAUAUCAUCGUCAUCAUGAGUACUAAAGAAGCAGUGGAUUUGGGUGGCAGUAGGAGAAGAGGCAGUGCCCCAAAAGCAGGCUCUGUUUGGGAAAGCAGAAUGAAGCUUGAUGAGGUCAAGGGUGGCAUCAAAGUCUUCAUUGCCACUCAUGAAAAUCCACAAGAAGAAGAUGCAGUGGAGAACAUGGCAGAGGUUGAGAAGAAGGAGAGUAAUAGUCUGAGACCCAAACAGAGCCCUAUUGGAAUUGGGGUGAGUGGGAAGAGGAAAACCUGGAAAUCCGAGGGUUCUGAGGGGAGCCCAGUUCAGAUUGCACGGCAGAGAUCGGAAGUGAGCAAGAGUUUGGAUGAACAGAGUAAGGAAUUGAGUGUUUCUGGUGAUGGGAUCAAGAGAAGCCCUCUUUCAAUCAAGAAAACAAGAUCUGUAUCAUCGGCCCAGAUCAAUGAUGGGGUGAGGAAAGUGAAAUCUGAUUCUACUGAGGUUAAAAAUGAAGGUAAUUCUGAGUUGAGGAAGGUGAAAUCUGAGGCACUGCAUUUGGCGAAACCAAAAACAGUGGUGGAUUAUGUGGAUGAAAAAGUUGUUGAUGAUGAGCCAAACAGGGAAGAGAGCUCCGCUGGGAAAGUUGACAAGAGCUCUGUUGAUGUUCCCAAAUCAAGAUCUGAUGUGGAGUGUGUGUGUGAAGAGAAGAAGGCCAUCACAAGCACCUGUUUGGAUGAUAAUUUUGUUGAUGUUGAUGGCGAUGAAGAAGAACAAGAAGAUAAGGAAAUUGAGGUUGAGAACAAGAGUCUUGACAUUAAAGCAAUCACAGAGCAAAUUCAGAAACCAAAGAGAAUUUUGGUUGAGGAGAAGAAACUGCUCAAGAACAGUGAAAAAAAGUCGGUGCCAUUUUCACCUGUUGUCAGGAAAAAAACUCCUCCUGCUGUAAAUCAUGUCAGAUUUCACCCAACCCCAACAAAAACCAAUAAUCCAACUUCAGAUCAUUCCCAUGGAAUCCCAAGAACCAGAAGCAAACUGCAAAGCUUUGUUGACUUAGUAAUGUGGAGAGAUGUAUCAAAAUCAGCCUUUGUUUUUGGGAUUGGUACAUUUGCUAUUAUCUCAUCUUCAUACACAAAGGACCUCAACGUCAGCUUUAUUUCUGUGGUUUCCUACUUAGGCCUUGUCUACCUUGCUGCAAUAUUUCUUUUCAGAUCCCUCAUCAGCAGAGGGGCAAUGGAGAUGGAUAGUGGAAAUGAAGAAUAUGUUGUUGGAGAGGAAGAACUGAGAGCUCUUUUUUCAGGGGACCCUGCCACCACUAUGAAGUUGGCAGUGCUGCUGUUUAUUUUGGCAAGGUGUGGAAGCUCCAUAACUAUCUGGAAGAUGGCCAAAUUAGGCUUUAUUGGAGUAUUUACGGUGCCAAAAUUCUGCUCAUCCUACUCCUCACAGUUAACUGCAUACGGUACAUUUUGGAUACGACGAUUUCGCGAUGCUUGGGGGUCAUGUUCUCACAAGAAAGCCGUAGGGUUCGCCGUCUUCGCUCUCGUUUGGAAUUUGUCCUCAGUCGUUGCCCGAAUUUGGGCAGUGUUCAUGUUGUUUGUGGGGUUCAAGUACUAUCAGCAGUCAUUGGUGAGAGAUGCAGAUGAAGGAGCCACAAAUAGUACUGGAAAUCAUUCUUGGCAAGGAAGAAAUAAUGUUGGCAGCAAGCAAAAGAAAGUGUGUUGACACAUUGCUGUAUUUGUGUGUGUGUGGAUGGGUUAUCUAUAGGUAGAAAUAAUUAAUGAGAAUUAGAUUUGUUUUUUUUAUUGAAUAAACAAAAAGAAAAAAUAAAUAGAAAAUUAUAUAUUAGUAUUGUGUUUUUAAUUAUUGAGCUUGUACAAUGUUUCUAUUUACUGUAAAUUACG